AGUUAGUUAGCUAGCCAGGUUGCCGGUGUUGCUACUAAAGAGGCUUCAAGUUAUGAGUCAGUGUGAGAAAAAAUAUAAUAUUUUUAACGCAAUACGUUUGCUCUAAGUUUGAAGACGUUGACCUUAACUCGAAGUUUCAUACAGAAAGAUCCAAKCAUGACGCUGCAGUUUGUGUACAGCCGCCAGGACUUUGUCACUGAUCUGAGAUGGAGUGAAAAUUGUCCCAAGAUGGUGCUACCACCUACAAGGUUUGACACAACCAUCCGAGACGGCUGGACAGGCAGGAUGGAUAGGGGACUUUUCCGCUACUAUCUGGGUGACUUGGAUACACGUAUCCUGCCAGGCUCGUGUGGCUACGUGGCUCAGCUAAAUAUUAAGCGAGGAGAAGAGAGAAGGAAACCUCAGGAAAUACUGAGCAUUAGGCAGGAGUUCACCCAUAAUCAAUUUAACUUUAACAAAAUCAAUCCUGAUGAAGUUAUAUUUGAGAUGAUAAAGGCCACAGAUGGAGGCAUCGAGUUGACUGAUGGACAGGUGCRUCAGUCUUGUAGGACAGUUGUACUGAUCAAUGUGAGCCCGUUGGAGUUCGGACAUUGUCUCUUUGUUCCAGAUCCCGCAUGCGGUUUCCCACAAAUCUUGACAAGAACCACAAUCCAGGUCGGCAUCGAGUCCGUGCUUCUAAGCUCUAACCCCUGUUUUCGGGCUGGAUUUAACAGUCUCGGAGCCUUUGCGUCUGUCAAUCAUUUACACCUUCAUGGGUAUUACUUAGACCACGAGCUUAAGAUYGAAUCCAGCCCAGUGAAGCCUUUGGUACCUGAAAAAAGAUUUUAUCACAUGCAAGACUUCCCGUCAGGAUUUGUGUUUUACACAGAAGCGGAGGAGGUGGAGAAGGUGGCAAGAAGCAUCUGUGAAGUCACAGACUUUUUAGUGGGUGAAAACAUUGCUCACAAUCUGUUCUUGACAAGAGGAUGUCCGCCGUGUGAGCACAUGCGGAGCGCAGAGGAUCGCUGUUUAAGAAACGGUGUACGGAUUGCCAUCUGGCCCAGAAAAGCCUGCUUCGGUGCCAAGGAGGAAACUGACAUGAGCGUCGCUCUUUGUGAGCUGGCAGGACAUUUACCAUUUAAAAGCAAAAAGGACUACGAGUGUGCCACGGAAGAAGAUGUCAUGAAGAUCGUACAGAGUUACCUCCUACCUGAUGAUGAGUUUCACAGAUUGGAGCAGCAGCUCUCCAARCUUUUACUGGCAUCAUAAUGCAUGAAAAUAGUUUUAAAAGAGAACUCAUACAUGAACGAGUUCUCUUUCCAUGAACUUCAGUUUACAUUUUCAAUAUCCUCCGGUAAAAAAAUUAAAUAAAGUAUUUAAUUUAUAGUUAUAUUUGUCAAAAUGCCUUUUUUGGGGGGGAUUUGCAGGGAAACGGGUAAAAAAAGGAGAACAAAAAGUAUGCAGUUAAACAUAUUGCUGUAUCUGUAUUUUGGGUUUUGAAACAUGAUACACAACCAAAAGUACUUGGAUAUACAGGGUUCUAUGACUGUUUCUAAAAGGAUGGAAAAAAGGUUAUCUUUUGAUGUCUUGUCRAAAAAGUCUGGUGUGUCUACCUCCAAUGUUUUAGUUAAAUAGUUUAGUUUUCUAACCAUCUAACCUCAGUCUUUUAUCAUUGUUUAUGCCAACUAUUAGAUUUUGAAAGCAUUGCAAAAUUGAGCAAAACGUCAUGUAAAAUCACGUUUCCAUUGACGCACUUGGCUGAUUYCUUCGUUUUCAGCCAUCAUAGUUUGUCUGUUUAGUCAGCACGUGUCACUACUGCCAGCAAUUUUUUUUUCCCUGAUUAUGAGCAAAUAUAACUUUAAAAGCUAGAUAAGCUUUAAAGUUUAAUAAAAAGCUGUAUGAAAUUUUUUGCACUCUGUGRUUUAGUUUUUAAUUCCUAAUUUGACAAACCAAAAAUAAUACGGUAAACUUGCUUUAGAUGAACUCUUUAUACUCUUUUGGAGGUCACUGUAACUUGUGCUCAGCCAGUCUUUUGCUUGCCAAUGUUAAGUAACAACAUUAGUCAUGAUCUUCACACUAAGUUGCACUUUGUCACCAAAUGCCUUGUUGAGUGCCUUUUAUGCAAUGUUGCAAAAUGUUUACACGUGCAUGUACUGAAUGUUUCACAUCCUGCCUGAACUAUAAAUUAAAGGUUACAAAUAUAUUUAUUCAGAUUCA